AUGGAUUCACCGCGUGAUCUCUCUAAACGAACUCCCGAACUCGAGAGCUGGAUGAACGGUGCCGACAAGCUCGAGAGACUUCUCGACAGAGACAAAUUUAAAGCAUGGGGUUUCGUGAUCUAUCGAUGCACGUAUCGGAGUGACUCCGAGUGGGAGAAAUUCAUAGUGCGGAUCCACAAGCGUGUCGAACAAUACCUUGGGUAUUACAAUGGUCUAGAUCUCCUCGGCAGCUUUGCUCCAACGGUCUUGGAAGAUCGCUCUUUCGAGGGUGCGACGGUUAUCUCCCUACGUGAGAAAUUCAAUGAAAGGGCUGUGACCGCAAUAAAGGAGGAACAGGGAAUUGAUCCCAGUCACCUGUGGCAUUUGAAGAACGGCAGGUACCGCUUUUUCAUCAUGGUUGACCAAGAAGCCUUGGAUUCGGUCCUGGGCACGCCAGAAGAUGAUAUAGAUGAAGGAUUCGUUCGUUUGGUUAAUGCUCAAUGGAAACCGGAGGAGUUAGAUGAGGAAGAGCUAGCGGCACGCGGGGCCCCUGGUCCAGAAGAGGAGCCACUAAAAGGGUGUACAGAGGAGGAUGUUGGCUGGAUGAAAGUAUGCUGGGGUCAUUCACAGAUGCCUGGAUAUUUGCAGCUGGACGACUCCUUUGGUUGGGAUCUGUUUUAUUCGCGCCCACCUGUGAUCCAGUCUCUUAGUUGA